CUGGAUCUUUCAGAUGAGGGUGCUGGGACAGAAAAAGUGGUCAGUAUACAUAAGUGCUCAGUAUAAGAAUUCUUUUCCCAAGUGCUUUCUUUUAAAUUGUACUUAAAAAGAUGUAUCCUGAAUGAAAGGAAAGGUCAUUAAGAGCCCUGUCAGGCACUAUCAAGGGCAUAAACAAACAUUUCCUCUUCCUUAGGGAACAGGUAUCCUGAGGGAGCCCCUGUAUCUAGGUCACUGUGGUCUCUAAUCCAGAAGAACACUGUUUGUUCUACAGUUAUCCAUGGACGUUAUAAAAGUGCUGUUCCAUCCCUGAAAGCUGACCUGGAGGCUCAGACAAAGAAUGUCAGAGACCAUGUUCUUCAGCUCAACAGGAGAACCAAGACAAACUAAAGGCUUUGAAUUUUAAAGGAGAGAGACAGAAGCAGCAGAGCAUUCUGAGCUCUGAGUAGUCCCCUUCUUGUCACCAGGGCCAUCCCAGUCUCCAUGAGAGAGAUGGGUGGGAGCCAGUAGAGCCCAGCACUGUGACUGCAGGCAGAAGGAGGACCCUCCCAGAGGAGGAUGGCUGCAGAUAACACCUCCUCUGUGACAGAGUUUAUCCUCGCAGGCUUAACAAACCAGCCAGGACUCCAGCUCCCCCUCUUCUUCCUGUUUCUGGGCUUCUACAUGGUCACUGUGGUGGGGAACCUGGGUUUGAUGACACUCAUUGGGCUGAACUCUCACCUGCACACCCCCAUGUACUUUUUCCUCUUCAACUUGUCCUUCAUUGACUUCAGUUACUCCUCUACCAUCAUCCCCAAAAUGCUGAUGAGUUUUGUCUCAAAGAAGAACGUCAUCUCCUACACAGGGUGUAUGACUCAGCUCUUCUUCUUCUGUUUUUUUGUUGUUUGUGAAUGUUUCAUCCUGUCAGCAAUGGCAUAUGACCGCUAUGUGGCCAUCUGUAAACCACUGUUGUACACGGUCACCAUGUCUCCUCAGGUGUGUCUAUUUCUUUUGCUGGGUGUCUAUGGGAUGAGUGCUUUGUUGGAUAUAGCUCAUACAGGUAAUAUACUGUUUCUGACCUUUUGUGCAGACAACCUUGUCAAUCAUUAUAUGUGUGACAUCCUUCCCCUCCUUGAACUCUCCUGCAAUAGCUCUUACAUGAAUUUGCUGGUGGUCUUCACUUUUGUGGGCUUUGGCAUUGGGGUGUGCAUUGUGACCAUUUUUCUCUCUUAUGGCUUCAUUCUUUCCAGCAUUUUCCACAUUAGUUCUACUGAGGGCAGAUCCAAAGCCUUUCGUACCUGCAGUUCUCACAUAAUGACAGUUUGUCUCUUCUUUGGAUCAGGAACUUUUGGAUACCUUAAACCACCUUCUGCUGUACCCCUUGACCAGGGGAAAGUGUGUAGUCUGUUCUAUACCAUUGUGAUGCCCAUGCUGAACCCACUAAUCUACAGCCUGAGGAACAAGGAUGUCAAAUUAGCCAUGAAAAAAACCUUGGGCAGAAUAACUUCCUCUUGAAAAAAAUUUGGAAAUUGAGAAUAGGAAUCAGAAUUUUUGAAUUAGAGUGCUGUUAUUAUUUUAUCAUCAUCAUCAAUAAGGAAUUCAAACUUCGUGCUUUUGGGUUCUAUAUUGAAAGGAAAUUUUAACUCUCUUUCCCAAAUGGAUUUAUUCUCUCUCAUCAUCACCCCAACUCUUCCUUCUUUAUUUUAUGAAAAUAUUUUCUGCAAUUAUACAGUAUGCAGUAUUGAAUUAGGAUUCAGAAUCAUUUCAUUUAGUCUGAAAAUAUGAAACUACCUCCUGGCAGAGC